CUCCAGUGGCUCUGUCUCCAGUGGCUCUGCCCUCCUCUAUCUUGCCUAUCUCCAGUGGCUCUGUCCUUUAUCUCCAGUGGCUCUUACCUCCUCGAUCUCGCCUGUCUCCAGUGGCUCUGCGCUCCUCUACCUUGCCUGUCUCCAGUAGCUCUGUCCUUUAUCUCCAGUGGCUCUGCCCUCCUCUAUCUCUCCUGUCUCAAAUGGCUCUGCGCUCCGCUAGCUUGCCUGUCUCCAGUGUUUCCUCUCACGGCUACACACGCUAGCCAUUAGCCUCGUAGCACUCGGCGAUAUUUUCUUUCCAGCGCAUUGAGAGGCACGAAGGAUACUAUCGGGAUGUUGACCGGCGGGCAGUAGCUGAGACACACACUACCGACGUCGAUGCUCGGGUUUUAUGAUUUGAUUGAAGCUCCAUUUCCUUCGUUUGGACGAAGCAGAGCUGGAGCUAACAGCUACAGCUAGCCUAGCUAUAGCUAGCAAGGCUACCGCUAACCGCUGCUGGGUGGAUCCGUUCCUGGGAUGGAAAUGAUCGUUAAAAGACGGGCGAAAGAAAGUCUAGGUGUUGCCUGGCAGCAGUGAGGGCGCUCUGAGGUGGUUCCCCAGCCCACUGUAGAAUGGCGUCCUACCACAGGAACUCGGUCCGCAUCCUGUCCAGCCGGGAGCGCGGCUCCUCCAACCUCAGCUCCCAGCGCCUCCUUCAGCAGCUGGUGGAGGAGAAGCUGCGCUGGAUGAAAUGGCAGAGCCAGAAAGUGGAGCUGCCAGACAGCCCUCGAUCAACGUUCCUGUUGGCCUUCAGCCCCGACCGCACCCUCAUGGCCUCCACCCAUGUCAACCACAACAUCUACAUCACGGAGGUGAAGACGGGGAAGUGCCUCCACUCGCUUGUUGGGCACCGCCGGACCCCCUGGUGCGUGACCUUUCACCCCUCCAUCCCCGGCCUGGUGGCCUCGGGCUGUCUGGACGGGGAAGUACGCAUCUGGGACCUGCAUGGCGGCAGUGAGAGCUGGUUCACGGACAGCAACGUGGCCAUCGCCUCGCUGGCCUUCCAUCCCACCGCCCAGCUGCUGCUCAUCGCCACCAACAACGAGCUGCACUUCUGGGACUGGAGCCGGCCGGAACCCUUCGCCGUGGUCAAGACCGCCAGCGACACAGAGAGAGUCAGGCUGGUGAGGUUCGACCCCCUGGGACACAACCUGCUGACGGCCAUCGUGAACCCCUCCAACCAGCAGAGCGAGGAGGACGCAGAGGUCCCGAUGGACAGCGUGGAGAUGCCGCUGUUCCGCCAGCGCUCCUUCCUGCCCUCCCAGCCCGUGCGCCGGACCCCCAUCCUGCACAACUUCCUCCACAUCCUGUCGUCCCGCACCUCGCCGGGCCAGGGGGGCGAGGCGCCACGGGGCGGGGGGGACCCCGGGCCCUCCCUGGGGGACCCCCCGGGCGUGCCCCCCGGGAUGCAGUUCCCGGACCCCCUCCAUGGCCAGGCCUACCCGGGCUGCACCCAGCACCUUGGCAUGGUCUGUCUAUGCUCCCGUUGCUCGGCCAAUCAUAGCUCCUCCCUUGGACCGGACAUCCCCCCCGGGAUCCCCUCUGACCCUCGCCUGGUGGCGGACCCCCCCCUCCCCGCCUCCUCCUUCUCCUCCGCCCGCACGGAGCCCCGCCCCCCGUCGGAGCGCCCCUCCGCCUUCACCUCCGUCUACUAUAACCCCGCCUCCCUGCAGCACGCCCCGCCCCCCAGCCCCCCCGCCAGCCAGCUGCUGGAGCCCCACCCCUCCGCCCGGCUUGCCGGCUGGCCCCGCCCCCUGAGCGGCGCGGGGGGGCUGUCCGCGGGCAUGCUGCCCCCCCGCACCAGCUGCUCCUCCUCCGUCAGCCUGCUGUCGGUGCUCCGUCAGCACGACUCCUCCCUCUCCUCCCCGGUGUCGGUGGUCCGGCAGCAGGACUCCUCCUCCCAGGCGCCCGUCUACACCUCCGCCACCGAGGGGCGGGGCUCCCAGGCCCGCGGGUCGGAGCCAGGCCCCGGGGCCUCCCUGGGCCGGGGGGGCGGGGCCGGGACCAGCGGGGGGCACCACCCCUUCUGGGACGGGGGGCGGGGCAACUCGGCGGCGUUCCGCAACGUGCUGCAGUGCAACCUGAGCCGCUACUUUAUGGAGUUCGACCGCGGCCAGGACCCCGAAGCCCCCGGGGUGGGCGGAGCCCCCGGCCCCCAGGAGCCCGGCCAGGAGCUGCUCAACAACAACAUGGAGCCGGACCGGGCGGGGACGUCCGGGGCCCCCGCCCACCCCACUAUCAUCCACUACCAGCCCCCGACCCCGCCCCCGUCCUCCGCCCCCACCCCCGAGGGCUGCCUCCUCCCCCCCGGCGCCUCAGGCAGCCGGCCCUCCGCACGCACACACCUCCACCCCCCGCCCCUCUCCGGGACGCGCCCCCCCGCCCGCACCCACCUCCACCCCCCCGGGCCCUCGGGGGGGCGGCCCUCGGGGUCCCGCGCCCACCUGAACCGCUGCCGGGCGUGCCACAACCUGCUGACCUUCAACCAGGACUCCCAGCGCUGGGAGCGCACCGCCCAGACCUCCUCCACCGCCGCCGGGGACCCCCCGCCCGCCGCCGCCCCCCUUUGGUCCCACGAGGAGGGCCAGAGGGGGCCGGAGGAGCCGGCCCACGACAGGAGGGGCCCCGCCCUGGGUAACGAGCCCCUGCCCUCCGGAGGAGCCGGGGGAGGCGUGGGCGUGGCUUACCCCGGGAGUCCCGCCCCCAGUAGCCCGGAGGUCAACCUGGUGUACAACCAGGAGAGCCUGGGCUGGGAUCGCGUGUACCGGCAGGCGGGGGCGCGGCGCCCCCCCGAGCAGCCCGACCCCAUGACCCAGGAGAUGCCGGUGGAGCCCCCCGACGAGGACUCCCUGCGGAGGAGGCUGCUGGAGUCCUCCUGGCUGUCCCUUUCCCGCUACGAUAUGGCCGGGUCCCGAGACCACCCCAUCUACCCCGACCCAGCAAGACUCUCCCCUGCAGCCUACUACGCCCAGAGGAUGAUCCAGUACCUGUCCAGGAGGGACAGCAUCCGCCAGCGCUCGCUGCGCUACCCUCCCAACCGCCUGCGCACCCUGUCCUCCUCGUCGGACAGCCCCGUCACCACGCCCGCCGCCGCCAUGGACAACAGCGACGUGGACUUUGAGGAGCUGGAUGAUAACAGCGAGCGGGCCAGACACCGGACCCCCCGCAACGCCCGCAUGUCUGCCCCCUCUCUGGGCCGCUUCGUCCCCAGGCGGUUCCUCUUGCCGGAGUACCUCCCCUACGCCGGGAUCUUCCACGAGAGGGGUCAGCCCGGCCUGGCAACCCACUCCUCCGUCAACAGAGUGUUAGCAGGGGCCUCCAUCGGAGACGGGCAGUCUGCGGUGGCCAGCAACAUCGCCAACACCACGUACCGACUGCAGUGGUGGGACUUCACCAAGUUCGACCUCCCGGAGAUCAGCAACGCCACGGUCAACGUCCUGGUGCCAAACUGUAAGAUCUACAACGACGCGAGCUGCGACAUCUCGGCGGACGGCCAGCUGCUGGCGGUCUUCAUCCCCAGCAGCCAGCGGGGCUUCCCCGACGAGGGCAUCCUGGCCGUCUACUCCCUGGCUCCUCACAACCUGGGGGAGAUGCUCUACUCCAAGAGAUUCGGUCCCAACGCCAUCUCGGUCAGCCUGUCCCCCAUGGGCUGCUACGUCAUGGUGGGGCUGGCCUCCCGCAGGAUCCUGCUGCACCCCUCCACCGACCACAUGGUGGCCCAGGUAUUCCGCCUGCAGCAGCCCCAUGGGGGGGAGACCUCUGUCCGGAUGGUCUUCAACGUGGUGUACCCCAUGGCCCCGGACCAGCGGCGCCACGUCAGCAUCAACUCGGCACGCUGGCUGCCGGACCCCGGCCUGGGCCUGGCCUACGGGACCAACAAGGGGGACCUGGUCAUCUGCCGGCCUGUCUUCUACCGCAGCGAUGGGGAGAGUCCGGGGGAGAUGAGCAGCGAGCCGCUGUUCUCCGUCAACAACGGGGGGUCUGGGCGCCCCCGCAGCGCCGACAGACCUGGGCCCAACCGUUCUGGCUGGAGAUUGGACCGGGACAUGGGUCUGAUGAACGCCAUUGGUCUACAGCCCAGAAACCCCGCCCCCUCGGUUACAUCACAGGGAACCCAGACUCCAGUGGUCCAGCAGCAGAACGCAGAGACCCAGACCGAGGUCAACCUAUCAGAACCCCAGCUCAGCACCACCGCCUCCACCCAGGGGGAACCCACAGGUGAAGGGUCUGGACCUGCAGGCACCAGCGGAGCUACUGACACCCUCAAUGCGGGCCCCGAGGGCUCCGAGACGGGCUCGGGGGAGGACGCUCUGGCCCGGAUCCGCCGGCUGAUCGCGGAGGGGGGCAUGACGGCGGUGGUCCAGCGCGAGCAGAGCACAACCAUGGCCUCCAUGGGGGGCUUCGGGAACAACAUCAUCGUCAGCCACCGCAUCCACCGGGGGUCCCAGACCGCUGCCGGGGCCAGACCCAGCGCCCACCCUGAGGCCCCGGGCCCCUCCACCGCAGGACAGACCCCCCACCCAGAGGCCCCGGGCCCCUCCACCGCAGGACAGACCCCCCACCCAGAGGCCCCGGGCCGCUCCACCGCAGGACAGACCCCCCACCCAGAGGCCCCGGGCCCCUCCACCGCAGGACAGAGCCCCCACCCAGAGGCCCCGGGCCCCUCCACCGCAGGACAGACCCCCCACCCAGAGGCCCCGGGCCCCUCCACCGCAGGACAGACCCCCCACCCAGAGGCCCCGGGCCCCUCCACCGCAGGACAGACCCCCCACCCCGAGGCCCCGGGCCCCUCCACCGCAGGACAGACCCCCCACCCAGAGGCCCCGGGCCCCUCCACCGCAGGACAGACCCCCCACCCAGAGGCCCCGGGCCGCUCCACCGCAGGACAGACCCCCCACCCAGAGGCCCCGGGCCCCUCCACCGCAGGACAGACCCCCCACCCCGAGGCCCCGGGCCCCUCCACCGCAGGACAGACCCCCCACCCAGAGGCCCCGGGCCCCUCCACCGUAGGACAGAGCCCCCCCCUAGAGGCCCCGGGCCCCUCCACCGCAGGACGGACCCCUCAGCCUGGGUCUUCAGCAGCAGGACGGACCCCUCUCCCUGGAGACGUGGACCGUGUGUUCCUCGGUGAGCCGGUAGAAGACUCCUCUCUGGCAGCUCCACCUUCGUCUUCUCUGCUCUUCUCUUCAGAGACCUCCUCCUUCCACAGCCCCGUCCUCCCCAGGGUGGACCCCCCCAGAGUGGACUACAGGGUAGACCCCCCCAGGGCAGACCUCAGUGGGGGGUACAGAGUGGACCCCCCCAGGGUAGAGCCCCCCAGAGUGGACCCCCCCAGGGUGGGGGCCCCCCAGACCCCUGGGAGCAGCCUUGCUAGUGGAGGGUUCCCCCAUGGAGACCCCUACGGCAGGUAGUGGAUCUGGGUGCCGCCUCGCCACUCCAAGCCUUACUUCCUAGAAGACUGUUGCUGCUUUGAUUUUCCCCCCAUCCCCAUCCCCCCGGGACCGCCCGGCCUGACGACGCAUUCCACAUUAAACAUCUUCUACCUGGAUGGAGUCCUGCUCUCUCUGGUCCCUCCCUGCACCAGGGGCCAGAGACCUGGACGGCCUGUGCUGCAGUCUGUGCACUGGUCCAACAGCGGUCAGUGCUGGGGCGGUCAGUGCUGGGGGGUUCUGAGAGAGGCCUUGUGGUGGUUGUGAAUGCCCAGAGUCAAUCAUGUGACGCUCUGGGGUCACGGGGGUUAAAGGGACUUUUAUUGUGGAACUCAAUCAUUCUGCUGCUCCACACACACACACACACACACACACACACACACACACACACACACACACACACACACACACACACACACACACACACACACACACACACACACACACACACACACACACACACACACACACACACACACACACACACACACACACACACACCCCCCCCCGCCAGGGGCCCCCUCAACGCCGAGGGCCCCGUGUGUGUGCUGCGCUCCACACUAGGGCUUUGACUCCGAACUUCGUUAUUCGAAUUUAAUUUGAAUAUCAGAAAAAUAAAUCAAAAUUCGAACGAAUAUUAGGCAGCCCUUAAUACUCGUACCUGUUAUGGGCAGGCCAAGAGGGAGAGAUUUCGGGGGACCCGACGCAGUCUAUUCAUAAUAAUGUAAUGACCACGGAAGAGGCAGUGAAUGAAGUAUUGAUUAGACAGCGAUUUAUUAGAAACUUAAUAACCGUUGGAACGCGCAAGACCGGUUACCAUAGCAACACCAGUAAACAAACCUUGCGAAGCCCAAUCCAGGUCUUACUGAAGGGAUUUAAUGGUCAAAAUAUCAAUAAUAAAUGUUCGAAUAUAUUUGAAUAUUAAUAUUAAUAAUCAAACAAACUUCGAAUACGAUUUUUGGGCAAAAGUCAAAGCCCUACUCCACACACAUACACACCGCCAGGGGCCCAGUGUGUGCUUGUGUGUGCGUGUGUGUGUGUUCUUCUUUUAUUGGGCUGACGCUCUAACCAUACAACCAUGUUUAUUUAAGGCCGGACAGAGCAGCGAAUCACAGCCUCUAGAACUCCCGGGCUCUGCGUGUCGUAGUUGUGUGUAACUAAAAUAUUAAGAGAGAUAGGUUGUGUGUUUUAAGUGUGUGUAUGUAAAUAAGUGUGUUGAGUGGUCGGGAGCGAGAGGUCAGAGGUCAAAGAGACCCGGACCACCUGGUCCGUCUUCUGUCAGUUGGACUCACUGGAGGAACACGCGCUUGUCGUCUGUGAUUGGUUUCUGCGAGGCUAAGGGGGGUGGGUGCUGAGGGGUGUGUGUGUGCGCGCGUGUGUUUGUAUAAAGGACCUAUCAGAGUGAGGCGUCGUUGACACGCCUUGUUGGAGCCAUGAUGUUGGACUUUAUUUUAGUUUGAACUUUCCGUUUGGUCAGCAGCUGUUUGAGAAAAGCUCUUAAUGUCGACCUGCAGCGAGGGGGAGCUCUUCCUGAUUACUUGACCAAUGAACCUUUUAAAAAGCCUUUCUGUCAGAGCUCCACCUGUGUAUGGUACAGUAACACCAUCAGCACCACCUUUACGGGGCAGCCCCGCCUGCCCAACCGAUAUAUUUUGAUUAUGUCAAAUGUCACUUUGAAAUGCUUCAAUUGCCCGUUUUCUGUGAUCUGAUUAAAGAGCUUUGACAGUC